ACUAUGAACUCAGAUACUGCGCAUCAAUUGGAUAUAUUCGAUGGAUGCCUUUAUUUAUUGUCGAUUUAUAUUUCUAUUAUUUUGCUCAGCUGUUUCACAGGCCUAUAGUUCGUUUUCUGAGGAUGGAUUAGUAGUGCCUGUUUAUGAUGGCGGUGAUACUGCGAAUACUAACUGUGAGGAUACUUUACGAGUGAUUCAACAGCAAGAAUCACAGAAUGGAAGGUUACAAGAGAUAUCAAAGGAAUCAUCAGAGGAUUCUUCACAUGUAUUCAAUAAAACAGCCUCAAUUCCUGAACACUAUCAGCCUAUUGAAGAUGGGAGAAUUGUAUCUGCCUAUGUACCUAAAUGUCGUCCAGAUAGACCAGAUUUAUAUAUUGCUAGACAGUGCAAUGAAUAUGAUUGUUUUUGUGUCAAUGUAACUACUGGAGAAACACUUUUAGGUACACGUGCCAGUCCAGCUGAAGUUGGUGAUUGUUCAACAGCUGUGUAUUCAGUCUUACUGGCUUUACGCCUUAGAAGUAUUCUACCUUCGUCAGAUGGUGGUGAAUCGCGUGGUGAUGCCAUUGGUAUGUCACAGGAUCGUGAUGCAUCUUUGAAAUCACAUAUACGCAACAGCUUAGAAGGAAUUCUACAUUCAGCUGUUGGAUUUCAACGUGUCACUAAUAUUACUCGUAUAUCCACUGAACCAAAUACUCAGGAUUUACACGGAAGUUCUGAUUAUGUGUACUAUCAAGUUGAAUUGACGUCAACUGGUCACAGUUCAUUGCAAUCACCUCAAGAUCUUGUAGAGAAUCGCCUUCAUGAAGGAUUUUUAUCAGAGGUUGGAGCUGUUGAUCCGGGUAUAAGUUAUGUGAAACUUAUACAAUCUAAGAUUCCAGAUCCACCACCUUUAAGAUCACCAACAGCCUUUGAAGCACUUAGUCAAAAUUCUGAAUAUUUGUCAGAUAAACAAACAUUUAUUCAUUCGACUAAAAGUGAAAUGCCUCAGACUGAAGAUCAGCCUCAGCCUACUGGACAUAAAAUGGUUGCAGUUCGAAGUCCAGUAUUUAAUCCUCGUGACACCAUAUUGCGUGGUUUAUAUGUAUGUAUAUAGCUGAAUUCAGUGUUUCCAUUUCACCCGUGGUUGAGAGACAGAUUUUAUCAAUAGAAAUCAAGCAGAAAAAAAAGAAAAGAAACGAAUAACCAUUAAUUUUGAUCCGCCUUUCAGAUAACUAAUAAAGUAAGAAAAUGGCUAUUUGCGUGAAUUCACCUAACAGUCAUAGAUACCUGAUGCUUCCUACAUCAAUCCACAUGAACCUUCUAGUUUAAAAUCUUUGAAUAGUAAAUCAUCCGAGAAUGCAGCACAUCUAGUUGGAUCUUUUGAUCCUAAUAUUAUGAGAGGUAGUGGAUCAUCACCCGGGCGUCAGACAUCAAUACAAAGUAGAUCACCACAUCAACCAUGGGCUACAGGUACAUCAACUUCUCAAAUUCUAAGUCAACCAGGUGUCAUAGCUGGUAUUGUUGGGGGUGUUGUUGUCGUCCUGCUACUGUUAAUACUCCUAAUUCUAUUCUGUAUUUAUCGUCUGCGUAAAAAAGAUGAAGGCUCAUAUGCUUUAGAUGAACCGAAAAAAUUGCCUACAGUCAAUACGUAUACAAGAGCGCCAACACGUGAAUUCUACGCUUAAGAAGAAAAAAUGAACAGCAACAUUGAAUGACAUAGUUGUUGAAUGGAUUACUUUUGUUUGUAUAUUUACACUGGACUAACUAACUAACUGACUAGCUAACUAACUAACCCCAUAAUUAAUUGAUUGAUACAUUUUGUGCAAGUCAGUCUUACGCGCUGCAUACACACACGGUGGACGACGAACGUAGGCGUGUAUAUGCACACACAAAUACACACAGACACACGCAAAGAGAUUCUGGUAACUAGGUAUCUGAUUCACUGUUGUCGAUCUUCCUUCCCCUUAAUUUCUCCGCUUGGUAUGUGUUUGUUUCUUUUCCUAUCCUUCCUGUGUUUUUUUUGUGGUGUUCGUGUUUUGGUUUCUUUCUUACUUUUUUUUUAUUAAAUCCAAAACCAAACCUGAAUAUCAAUGAUGAUUAUAAUUUUUAAGUAAAGUAGUAUAAUUACUCCUCUUUUUUGUGCAAUCUUGUAUAGCUGUAUUGAUAUAUUGAUAACUGACAGUGAUCAAAGUACUUUGUGUAAAUUACCGACUCUUUCCUACAUACACACACGUGCAGACACAAACACACACACACACACACUAAGAUUGCUUUUCUCCUGUUUUCAAUUUUUCCGCUUUCCUUAUGUGCAAUAUUACCAUUAUUGUUAUUAUUAUUAUUACUACUACUACUACUCCAGUAGUAAUGUUUAUGUGUAUGUGUAAAAACACUUGUGGAUAUCCUUGAGAAGAAAAAGAAGAAGAGGACGCAAAAGAGUGUAAAGCAUAAUGAAUUCAAUCUCCUCUCGUGGCUGUCUUUCUCUCUUUAUCUCUGUGAAGUCUUUGUUUGUAUAAUGCCGACUGCUGCCCUUUGGACAGUGUGUGUGUGUCUGCGGCGUAUGUUGCAUUUUUUAAAGUUUAAAUCUCUUUCCCUCUUUUGUUUUCUUUUUUGUUUUUUUUUGCAUUUUAUGCCAGUUGGUUGUUGUUGUUGUUGUGUAUCUCCCCUCCUCACUUGUGUACCUGUUUAAUUUAAUCCUCUGAUUUGUUUCUUUUUUCUUUAAAAUUUAUUGGUGGUUAGUAUGAGAUCUGAAAUGUGUUUGAUCUCAGAAAUGAUCCACACACACACAUACAUACACGCAUACAUUAGCACAUAUUGUUCUAUUGGCUAUUAUGUGUGAUGUUGACAGUUUUGAGCCAUGCUGUGUGUGUGUUGGGCAUUAAUGAAGCUACAAAGCUGCUUUUUUUCUUUGAAUUUUAUUAAGACAUAUAUAUAUAUAUAUAUAUAUAUAUAUAGAGAGAGAGAGAGAGAGAGAGAGUUUUGCAUGAACAAAAACACUGCUGUUAACUGCUCUGUUUCAUUUAUCUUAUAUGCGUACACACACACAUCCACACAGACACAUGGAUGUUAUGCAAUAUAAGUUCUAACUAUAAAGAGUGUAUUAAGAUUGAUAAGGAAACAGAGGAGAACAACAAGAAAAAAUAAACUGGAUCUAUUAUAAUAUGAUGAAGUCCUUUUUUUAUACCCAUCAUCCUCCUCCUCAUCAUCAUGUACACCUUUUUUCUUCCUCUUUGGAUUAAAGAUCGUGUUGAUUUUAUUUGUACUACACAAUAGAAGUGAUUCUUAUUAUAU